AUGUCAUUCCCGUACCGGCCGUACCGGCCCACGGAACCCGGGCAGCCAUGCAACGUCUGUGGACAUCCAAGAGACAGGGAAAAGGGAAGCGGCCCUGCCGUCCAGAUUACUUGGCUCGAACACCUCGAGGCCAGCGCACAACGUGCAUGCCCUCUGUGCCUGAUCAUCGUCCUGGGUAUCGAACGAUGCCUGGGACGGGAAUCUAUCCGAGUCUUGGGCGAUACGGAUACGACUCUCAAGUUGGAGUUUAAUAUGACCAGGACGCCAAGCUUACACGUCACAAGCUUCAAGGCUUCUGAAUCGGUGAGCUUUGUUAUCUCUCCGGAGAGUCCCUUGCUCGACAAUUCUUGCUUCAUAUCCUGGUCUCCAGGCCAUCAUGUCCCCUCAAGCACAGACUCGGAAGAGAGCCUUGGCUGGGUCCUGGACCGUAUACGGGAAUGCGACUCAACUCACCGACUCUGCACACCCACGUCGGAGCCGUCUCUGCCUAAGCGUGUCAUCGACCUUGGCACUUCCAACAGCCAAAUCAAGCUCCGCGUCACAGAGGAGAACACGCCAGGACGCUACAUCUGCCUAAGCCACCGCUGGGCAAUGCCCACCCAACACCCCCUGCGACGAACACUUUCAAACAACAUCUCAAGCCAUCGGCAAGGGAUCUCCUGGGACGGCCUCCCCGCUACCUUCCGAGACGCCAUCGAUUUCACGCGCGCCCUGGGAAUUCGUUACCUCUGGAUCGACAGCAUGUGCAUCAUCCAAGACGACCUGGACGACUGGCGCCGCGAAGGCGCCAAGAUGGCCUCUACCUAUUCCAACGCCUACCUCACCCUCGCCGCCGCCCAGGACAGGGGUUCCGAAAGGUCCAUGUUUGUCCGGAUGGACCCCAAGUUCCGACUACGCCCUCUUGCCCUCCCCGAGUCCCUGUUAAAAGACCUAGGGCUUAGUCACCGUCCUCAUGGCGCGUCGGACUACGGUGUAUAUGUUCGACACCCCCUGACGCACAUUGUCCGACACACGCACCUCCGCCCAACGCUCCGCCAGCCAUUACCCCUACUUCAGCGAGGCUGGGUGUUCCAAGAACGCCUCCUCUCCCCCCGCACCCUCUACUUCGGCCCCGAAGAGCUCUCCUGGGAGUGUGUAGAGCACCACAAAUGCCAAUGCACCGGGACCCGGUCCUCCACGCACUCCACGCAAACAAAUCCGAAGAAAGUCCACAGACCAUCCACACUCCAACAACUAGCCGCCGCAAAGGGCCUCCACGCCGUGGCAAACAGAUGGGCCGGCCUCGUAGAAGAAUACACCGCCCUGGACCUCACUUUCGAAUCCGACAUCUUCCCCGCCCUGUCCGGCCUGGCGAAAAGCUACCGCUCCAUCCUCGGGAGCCGAUACUGUGCCGGGCUUUGGGAGCGGUUUCUCCACGAGGGUCUCCUGUGGCAUGUCGCCGGCGGGACGAUGGAUCAGGAUCACUGGGCGCAAGCUCGACGUCCUGGGCUCUGGCGGGCGCCUUCCUGGUCGUGGGCGGCCGUGAAGGGUCCUGUGGAAUUUACGCGCUGCACGGUUGCCCUGCAGGAGAAGUGCGAGGUGCUCGAUGCGAACUGCACACUCGCCGGCCCGGAUCCUACGGGGGAGCUUCUUUCCGGCGGUUACCUCGUUUUGCGGGGCCUCGUGGUCUCGACUAGGCUCCGGUACGUCGACUUGACGAAAGGGUCUUCGAGGUCGUCCCCUCUCACACUGUUCAGGCUCGUGGCGACGGAGCCCCUCGUUGAGAGGUUUCUGAUAGUGACCACCUUUGCCGACAUCAACUACAUGUUCGAUGACCCCCUGCCUAUCCCUUCAGGGUCAGAGGUUGCGUGUUUCCUGGUAGGUGCGAGGGACUAUCCUGAGACGUAUGACUUUCUGGUCCUCAAGUUGUCGAGUGCGAGUAGUGCGAGUAUGGCCUCUUCUUGUUCUUCCUAUCCCACCUAUGAACGAAUUGGUCUGGUGCAAAUUCAGGGGCCCCCUCACAGCAGCCGCACAGCAUCUUCUUUCAUCACCAACUGGGUCAAAGAGCAUGGUGAAGAGCGUACUAUCAAACUCAUAUAG